GAAUUUGUUUUUAUAUCAGGUGUAUUGGAUUUUCCCAUCAUUUUCCUUUGAGAUUUAAAAUCAACAAAAACUGUUUCGUUUUUUAAACCUUGUUUUUUUAUAGUUAUUUUAGGUUUUUUUUUAGUGUUUUAUAUAAUUGUAUUUUGACUGAGCCUAAGACAAUGAGGGACACAUCCUUAGGGACGCCAAAGUCCGCCAAUCUGAAACCAUGGAUGCAUUUGGAAUUAACGGCGGAAGGGCAGAGGCAAAUCAACUGCAGUUGGGGCAAGUACUUUGCAAGGCGGCGCAGGGAUAUCGAUGCCAUGAGGAACUUUAAUCUGUGCGUUACACGGCGCGAUGCUGUCGUCGAUCAAAAGGCCCUCUGUCUGCGUAGCAAAUUCCAAAGGGCAGUGGGCUUGGCUCAGGGUGCCCUUGAUGAUAGUAAAAAGGCCACCGAAGCAAUGACAGUGUGGGAUGCCACUGUGACUAUGGAAAUGGCCGAUUGCCUCUACGAUCUCAAUCGGUUCGAGGACAACAAGGCUUUGUUGCACGAGAAUGUUCGCCGAAAUAUUGGCACUUCGCGGGAGCCCUUUGCAAGGCGCCUACAUGCAGUCAACGCAAAUCUCAAGGAUAGCACCGGGGACAGUCUGACAAAGUUCUAUAUGGAACACUCGACGGCAAUGCCCGGUUUCUACGAACACAAGAGGGACCAGCUUGUGAAGGCGGACAAGCGGCCACUGUGGAAGAUACGACAGGAUAACCAGGAGUGCGAUGUCCAGAGCUAUAUCGAUCGAAAGGAGGUGUUGCUAUCGCCCCUGGAGAGCGAACGUAGAUUUCGAAAGACCAAGAAUUUUUACCAAAACUACUUGGGUCGCAAUUGGACCGAUUUUAUAUUCAUGAAAACGCUUCGCGACAAUCCACAGCUUCUGUUGGACCACAAUUUUGGUUCCUCGAAGGAGAGGCGGGCUUGUCUGGAGAGAUCGUUUCAGCGCAUAAAGUCCUUUGCCCGAAUGCUCCAUGCUCGCAGUCCCAUGUACCAUGAGUACUUCCAGCGUAGUCCCGUAAUGGAGGCUCGGAUGAGGGAGGCGAAUCUGUUCAGGAUCCAAUACCAGACCAGGCGCAAUAUGCACAGUAUCCUUCGGACAGUUCGGGUGCUGAGAAAAACGAAUGAUAUAUCCUGCCUGCGCAAGUUCAUCGAGGAUGUGAUGGGCAACUAUGUGAUCCUUAAGACCGAUCGCCUGAUGCCAUGGAAGGUAGAGUUUAUGAACGAGGUUUAUAACCAUCUAGCACUCAGUCUCUGCGAUACCUAUCGCAUUCCCAAGACGCCAGUGACGCCCCACGAUAAGAACGCCAUGUGCAAUCUGCUCAAUAUACCCGCGGCCAAGCCGCUGGAGUUCACAGAGGUCAUCUUCGGCGACCGAUCCUCCUAUUCUAAUGCUGGCGGCGACAAACCACACACGGAGCGCACAAUGGCCGACCACCAGACUUCCAUUGAGCAUUUGGAGCGGCGGCUAUUGUUCGCCCGUCUGCCAAUCGAGCGGGCGUAUCUGCUCCAUGAAGUGGCCGAUCGACACAUGCAGCAGAACCACUUCAGCCAGUGCCUGUCGUCGGCCCGCAGGGCCAUUGAAGAGGCCAAGGCAUGCAAUAGCCUGGUGUGGCAGUUCCUCAGCAUGAUGUUGAUGGCCAAGUCGCAUGCCGUCCUCCACAAGUUUGAGCGUCAGAAGGAGGUCUUGAAUUUCGCCUAUGAACUGGCCACCGACCUAAAAUCGCCGCGUCUCUGCAUCUUCAUCGAACUGUGCCGCAUGCUGAACAGGGACUACAUCACGCUCCGGAAAAUGACGCAGCUGGUGACCCAGAAGCGGCUGCGCUCCAAAAUCUCCAAUAGAUCCAGCUUCCUAUCCAACGCCUCGCCCCAAUACUCACUCUACGAGCAGGAGGACAGAAGGAACUUGUUAGAGAAGGCACUUAGUUCGCAUAACUGAUCCAACGGAUCGGAUGACGGGCACUCCUAUAAGUCAGUGACCAUCAUUCGAUCUGUUGGGUUUUUUUGUCAGCCGAAAUAUGUGCUUUUUCUUAAAAAAGAAAUUAAUUUAA